UAUUCUGUUUGACAACCCCAUCCAUCCGGGACCCUUCCUCUUACUCUUUCUCCUCCUCUCUUUUUUUUUCAGCCACUUCAACUGCAAAAUGAAUUUGCUCCGUCCAUUGUUUGUCCGGCAGACACGCAGUCGGCUGUCGUCUAUUUCAACUCGCUCCUCUUUGCUUCCUUCUUCUCUUUUCACUCACAGAACCACUCUCCCUAUCCUCGUUCGUUUCACUUCUAACCUUUACUCCACAAUGUCCUCUCAUAAACUUUGCAUGAUUCCUGGACCCAUUGAGUUCCAUGAGGACGUCCUCCAGGCUAUGGCCACUCCUGCGACCUCUCAUGUCGCCGCUAACUUUAUUCCUGUUUUUGGUGAGUCCAUUGAGCUCUUGCGCCAGGUUCUCUUCACCUCGGGACAGCCCUUCAUCAUUGCUGGAUCCGGUACUUUAGGUUGGGAUAUGACCGCCAGCAACUUGAUCGAAGCUGGUGAGGAAGUCCUUGUCUGUAAUUCUGGCUACUUUGGUGAUCGUUUUGGAGAGUGCUUGGAAACUUAUGGUGCCAAGGUCACUCACAUCCGCGUUCCCGUUGGCGAGGCUCCUCAGUUGGCUGCUGUUGCCGCUGCGCUGAAGGGCAAGAAAUACAAGGCUGUUACCAUUACCCACGUUGAUACUUCCACCGGUGUUCUUUCUGACAUCAAGGGCAUUGCAGAGGUUGUCCGUAAGGAGUCUCCCGAAACCCUUGUUGUCGUUGAUGGUGUCUGCUCUGUCGGUUCAGAGGAAAUCCGUAUGGAUACCUGGGGUAUUGAUGUCGUCGUUACUGCCUCCCAAAAGGCCCUCGGCGCUCCUCCUGGUCUCUGUGUCAUGGGUGUCUCCGAGCGUGCCAUUGGUGUCUUCAAGGCUCGCAAGACCCCUGUUCCUAACUACUACGCCAACUGGACCCGCUGGUUGCCCAUCAUGAAUGCAUAUGAGGCUCGCAAGCCCUCUUACUUUGCCACUCCUGCUGUUCAGAGUGUCUUCGCUCUCCAUGUCUCGUUGAAACAGAUCGUUGCACAGGGCCUUGAGAAUCGCUUCAUACUUCACAAAGAGGCCUCCGCUAAGGCCAAGAAGUUUAUCCAUGACUUGGGCUUGAAGCUUGUUCCCACCAGCUUGGACCACGCUGCUAAUGGUAUGUCCGCUGUCUACUAUCCUGAGGGCAUCUCUGCUACUGAUCUCUUACCCAGAAUGGCUGCUCAUGGUAUUGUUGCUGCCGGUGGUCUCCAUGUUGAUAUUGCUCCCAAGUACUUCCGUAUCGGCCACAUGGGUAUCUCCGUGACUGAGCCCGAGCGUGGCCACUUAGAUACCACGUUGAAUGCCCUCAAGAGUGCAUUGAGCGAGUGUGGCUACAAGGGUGCCUUGUAAAAAAAAGGCAGAAACUUGAACAAAAACAUUUUCCUUCCUAUUGUAUUUAUCAUUCUCUCUCCAAAUUCUUCCACCUAGAAAAUGAUGGCAGCACAUUUCUGAUUGAAAUUGCCACUGUUUGUUCGUUGUGUACCAUCAAAAGAAAAAUAAUAAUAAAAAACAUAUUCUUUGCUUGGUUCCAUUGGAAUGUAUUUCAAAACCAUGCAUGAUUAUAGUCCGUAAAAAGAAGAAAUGUAUUAGAACAC